UUUGUUGACGUGACAUUAAGAGCAUUUAAUACUUAAUACUCGGUAAAAUCAGUUGUGUGCGGCAUUUGUUAUUGCAAAAAGAAAAAAGAGGAGAAAGAAAAAAAGAAAGAAAAAGAGACACAUCUUAAGCAGACUCGCCAAGUUAUCAAACUGGAUUUUACUACGGUAGCAUAUAAAUAGGCCGGAUUUUUUUGGAUUUUACAGUACAUGGUACUGUAACGACUUGGAACGAAUAAGGACUCUUCUCUAAAAAUUUUUUUUUAUUAAGUAAUGCAAGCAGCAGUGAUGGAAGAAACUAACGCAAUGAAUGUUGAGCAAACAGGCGAUACUAUCUCCAAUCAAUACCAAGAGACAAUAUCAGGUGCGAUCGAGCAACAGCAACCGUCUUCGCCCACUUCGAUUACUACGCCGACAAGCAGUACAAGCGGUGGUGCUUCUAGCAAUGCCACCCCAGCAUUUAGUUACGAUGAUUUGUUUCCGGCUUUGCCAGCCAAUAAUACUACACCGUUAAGCAGUUCUACUGCACCAGCAUGUGUUCGAGUUACCAGCUCUCAAAAGACUCAAGUUUUACAUGUCCCCGGUGAGGAACGUAAAUCAACAGAUUCGGAAAGAUUUGGUGAAGGCGAAUCAAAACGCAUCUGUCAAUCAAUUUCUAAGGAGACCGGUGCUCAAAUUGAAAUUGUUGGCGGUAAAAAUCAAUCGUUAACAUUUUUAAUUAAGGGUAAGGAAAAGGAGCUUCUCGAUGCUCGUCGCAAAAUCUUAAUGCACUUUUCCGCGCAAGCUAGCAAAUCGGUGACCGUGCCGAAGGAGCAUCAUCGUGUUAUCUUGGGUAAAGGUGGUAUUCGUUUACGUGAAUUGGAACGUUUAACAGCUACCCGCAUCACUAUACCCAAUCAGAGUGAAGAUAGUGAUGCUAUAGUCAUUUCGGGCACUAAGGAGGGCAUAGAAAAAGCCGAACAGGAAAUUCGUGCUUUGUCGGCUGAGCAAUCUAAAAAAUUUUCGGAUCGUAUAUCAGUGCCCAAGAUAUAUCAUCCUUUCAUUGUCGGUCCCUGCAAUGAAAAUGUGAAUAAGAUUAUGGAAGAGACAGGUGCAAAAGUCAAUGUUCCUCCACAAUCAGUGCAAAAGGAUGAAAUUGUUAUAAUGGGUGAAAAGGAUGCGGUAGCUGCAGCGAAAAACAAGGUGGAGAGCAUUUAUAAGGAAAUGGAAAAGAAAUGCUCUACGGUUAGCGUUGAAGUCGCUAAAGCUCAACAUCGUUAUGUGAUCGGACCAAAAGGAUCAACUAUUGCUGAAAUUCUUCAACUCACUGGAGUCUCAGUAGAGAUGCCGCCACUAGAUUCACCCUUAGAAACAAUUACCUUGCGAGGUCCUCAAGUAGCCUUAGGUAACGCUUUAACGGUUGUUUAUCAAAAGGCAAAUUCAGUAAAAUCUAUUGAGAUCGAUGCACCUCACUGGAUUCACAAGUAUGUCAUUGGUCGAAAGGGGGCCAACAUGAAGCAGCUGGAGGAGGACUGCCCAAAUGUCAAUGUCAAUUGUUUGGAGGACAAAAUCAAAUUGGAAGGUGAUCCAGAGAAUGUGGAUAAGGCAGCCGCUUACUUAAGCGAUAUUGUUCGUAAUUACCAAGACAAUUAUAUCUUUGUGGUAAUGACUGUUAAUCCGGCUUUUUACAAACACAUUAUCGGAAAGGCUGGCUCCAAUGUAAAUCGUCUCAAGGAAGAACUUAAUGUUAAUAUAAACAUUGAAGAACGCGAUGGCCAGAACAAUAUACGCAUAGAAGGCCCAAAAGAGGGUGUUAAAAAGGCGCAGCUUGAACUUCAAGAAAAAAUCGAUAAACUGGAAAAUGAAAAGUCGAAGGAUGUUAUCAUCGAUCGUCGUUUGCAUCGCCAAAUUAUUGGAGCAAAAGGUGAGAAAAUACGGGAAAUUAAAGAUCGUUACCGUCAGGUUACUAUUGCCAUACCGACUCCUCAAGAGAAUACCGACAUCGUGAAGUUGCGUGGGCCCAAAGAAGAUGUGGAUCGAUGCCAUAAAGAUCUUAUGAAAUUAGUCAAAGAAAUACAGGAAUCGUCACACAUUGUCGAAGUUCCCAUUUUUAAACAAUUUCAUAAGUUCGUUAUUGGCAAAGGCGGUGCCAACAUUAAGAAAAUACGGGAUGAAACCCAGACUAAGAUCGAUCUUCCAGCCGAAGGUGACACCAACGAAGUUAUUGUUAUUACAGGCAAAAAAGAAAAUGUUCUCGAUGCACGUGAUCGCAUACAAAAGAUUCAGAACGAACUGGCGGACAUCGUGACUGAGGAAGUGCACAUAUCGCCCAAAUACUAUAAUUCAAUUAUUGGCAGCGGCGGUAAAUUAAUUUCUUCCAUAAUGGAGGAGUGUGGCGGGGUAUCCAUUAAAUUUCCUUCAAGCGAAUCAAAAGCCGAUAAGGUUACCAUUCGCGGGCCAAAAGAUGAUGUUCAAAAGGCCAAAGGUCAACUUUUAGAACUUGCAAACGAACGGCAGCAGGCUUCAUUUACAGCGGAAGUUAGAGCCAAACAUCAACAUCAUAAAUUCCUAAUUGGAAAGAACGGGGCUUCCAUACGCAAGAUCCGGGAUGCUACAGGCGCUCGCAUUAUCUUCCCUAGCAAUGAAGACGCCGAUAAAGAAGUUAUAACUAUCAUUGGCAAGGAGAAUAGCGUGAAGCAGGCCAAGGAACAACUGGAGGCGAUUAUUAAGGAUAUUGAUUUGGUCACGGAAGGUGAAAUUUCUGUGGAUCCUAAACAUCAUAAGCACUUUGUAACGAAACGGGGCGAAAUUUUACAUCGUAUUUCGGAAGAAUGUGGUGGCGUAAUGAUAUCCUUUCCACGACCAGGCGUUGAUUCGGAUAAAGUAACAUUAAAGGGGGCCAAGGAUUGCAUUGAAGCCGCCAAGCAACGCAUUGUCGAAAUCGUAGCUGAUUUAGAAGCCUACGUCACCAUUGAAGUCGUCAUUCCACAACGUCUUCAUCGUAUAAUUAUGGGCAGUCGUGGCUCUAAAGUGCAACAAGUUACUACGGAACACGAUGUUCAGAUAAAGUUUCCUGAUCGCGAUGCGACAGAGCCCGUUGAAGGUUUUACGAAUGGCACUAGUGGUGUUAUUGAUGAGCCUGUUCGUCAAUGCGACAUCAUACGUAUAACCGGACGUAUUGAAAAAUGCAACGCUGCUAAGCAGGCUCUUAUCGAUCUCGUGCCGAUCACCGAAGAGGUCAAUGUUCCUUACGAUCUGCAUCGUACGAUUAUCGGACCAAAAGGUGCCAACGUCCGUCUAUUUAUGUCAACCUACGAUGUGCACAUCGAACUACCACCUAGCGAAACAAAAUCUGACAUUAUUAAGGUGACCGGAACCGCGGCUCAUGUAGCCGAAGCAAAGAAAGCUCUAGAGAUAAAGAUCGAGGAAUACGAAGCGGAUCGGGCGGACCGUGAAGCACGCUCAUUUAUGUUGCAAAUCGAAGUAGAUCCUGAAUAUCACUCAAAAUUAAUUGGUCGACGGGGCGCUGUUAUCAAUAAGCUGCGUGCCGAUCAUGACGUUAUGAUUUCGCUGCCAAAACGUGAUGAUGAAAAUCAACGUAUUAUCACAAUUACCGGUUAUCAAAGCAACGCUGAGGCUGCGCGAGAUGCCAUCAUGGAAAUUAUUGGUGAAUUACAGGAUAUGUAUCGUGAAGUAAUUGAGGUGGACUCACGUGCUCAUGCGCACUUAAUUGGGGCACGUGGUCGUACUAUACGUAGAUUGAUCGAGGAUUAUAAAGUCGAUAUCAAAUUUCCCUCAUUGGAAGAGGCGAAAAUUAAUCCAGAUAUGGUAACAAUUAUUGGCAAAGAGGAUGAUGUUGAAAAUGCCAAGGAAGCUAUUCUAAAUAUGGCUGAAGAUUAUAUACGUGACUACUUAGAUACGGUGCCGGCUUCCCCUCAGCAACCGACAGUAGGCGCUUUCUUGCCCAAUGCAAGGGGUGGUGGUGGUGGUGGUGGUGGUGGUGGAGGAAGUGGGGGAAGCGGAAGCAGCGAAAAUGGCUUUGUCCUUAAGGAUGCACCGUGGGAAAAGAAAAAGGGCAAAACGUCUGCUCCAAAUACUCAGUCACAGGAAGAUUUUCCCGAAUUUGCUGCCGGUGGCGGCGUGCAAGCAGCCACUCCCAUUACUUCAGCUUGGGGACCCAAAAACUAAGCCGAAUCUGCGGCACUCUUUCUCCUUUUCUAUAAUUAACUCUAUAGCUAAAGCUUAAAAAAAAAAAAAAAAAAAAAGAAAGAAAAUAACAACAGCAACAAUAGCAGAAUUCGGGAAAGCAUCAAGAAAAAAGAUGUACGCGAAGUAGGUGUCAAACUGAAGUAAAGGUUGUCAGUAAAUAUUAUAGUUAUUAGUAAACACAUUUAUUAUUUAGAAUGAAAAAAAA